CUGCGCCGGCGCGCAUCAAACGCAUCGGUAGCAUCUGCAUAUCGCUUAUUAGCGCAUUGACGUUCUACGAUACCUUCAAAUAAGUCGCCAUAUUUAACGGAUUUUAAAUUAAGAAUGAUUUAAAAUUAAAAAAGAAAAAUUGGUUCAUGUUCGUACUUAAAAAUUCAAAGUGAGUUUAAGAAAUGAAUAAAUUUAUCAUAGUCGUCGUUAUAUGUUGUGUAACACCGGUGGUGUUGCCAGCUAAAUAUAUUAUACCGAAGUGGAAAAAACAGGCGUGCGAGUUGCCGUCGGUGCAGAGCGAACACAGCCACUAUGUGUGCGAUGACAAGGGCGAGCCCAAGUGCCUGCCUGGCUGGCAGGGCGAUCUCUGCGACGUGCCAAGUUGCAAGAAAGGCUGCGAUCCUUUGCAAGGUUACUGUAAGCGGCCGGGAGAAUGCCGGUGUAAAUUAGGAUUCUAUGGAGAGCGAUGCAACAAAUGCAUACCGCUACCUGGUUGUCAGCAUGGUUACUGUAACGUAUCAUUCGAAUGCGUAUGCAGGGAUGGAUGGGAUGGGAUAUUCUGCUCUGAGCCAAUUUGUCGAUCCGAUUGUCACGCGACGCGUGGUUACUGUGAGUCCCCGGGCGAGUGCCGUUGCCGAUUGGGUUGGGCCGGGCCGACGUGUCGAGCGUGUCAGACGCUACCGGGCUGUCAACAUGGAUACUGUGAUAAGCCGCUAGAAUGCAAGUGCCUGCCUGGCUACACUGGAUUGUUGUGCCAGACGCCAAUGUGCUCGGCGGGUUGCCACAGUGAGCGAGGUUACUGUCGGCGGCCAGGUGAGUGCCGAUGCAAGGUGGGCUGGACGGGACCCACGUGCGCUCAAUGCCACCGGUAUCCUGGCUGUGUGCACGGCACUUGCAACCGGCCCUGGGAGUGCAUCUGUGAGACCGGUUGGGGAGGCAUGCUCUGUGAUGAAGAGCUAAAUUAUUGCGAAAAAAAUCGAGAUACUUGUAAGAACGGUGGUAAGUGUCAAUCCUUGGAGUCCGGAGACGGCUUCUUUAGGUGUCAAUGUCCUCCCGGAAUCAGCGGGAAGCAUUGUGAGAAUGUUCCAGAAAGUAUGACGACACCAGCAACCAAUGCUACAGAAGUACCAGAACAAGUCGAAGAAAUUGAAGCAACUACAGAGAAGACUGAGGACGGAUUCGAAUUGAGCAGCGGCGAUAAUGAGACUGAAUGA